AUGGCGCCUCGAGAGAACUCGUAUGAGCCCUCCGGCACGCCCGUGCCGGUAGAAACAGGAUUUGCCACGCUAGCUCAGCUCAGGGUUGGAGUGAAAGCAUGGGUUGAGAAAGAAGGCGAAAAGCGCAAAGCUGAACUUCUUUCAAUUCAGACCCGUCAAGGCCAGACCAAGUUUUAUGUGCAUUAUGAAGACUUCAACAAGCGUCUCGAUGAGUGGAUCGCAGCAGAUCGCAUUGAUCUGUCACGAGAAGUCGAGUGGCCUGCGCCCGAGAAGACCGACAAGAAGAAGAGCAGUGCCUCUAAGACAGACAAAGCACCUUCCAAGUCGGACCAGAAAACCCUCAAGAGAUCACGCAGCAAGCUGGACCGCGAGAUAUCAGGAACACCUGAAUCAACAUCCAGCAACAUUCCUGGUAAAGCACAGCGACCAUCAAAAGCAAGCGGAAAAGAGAACCAGGAAGUACUCGUCACCAGUGAAGUCACAGAUGGGACACCUAAGCCGGAAGACGAGGAGAUGGACCUGGUGGACGUCCAAGAUGCCGCCGCAGCAGCCAAGGCUGUGUCAGACCAGAACUACUCCCGCGAGGACGAGAUCGAGAAGCUGCGUACGUCAGGCUCCAUGACACAGAAUCAGACCGAGAUCUCUCGAGUUCGCAACCUGGAGAAGGUGCAGAUGGGCAAGUUCGAGAUCGAACCGUGGUACUUCUCUCCCUACCCCAUUGACUUUGUAGAUUCGGACGUCGUCUACAUCUGCGAGUUCUGCCUCUCGUACUACGGUGAGCAGACACAGUUCGAACGCCACCGCGCAAAGUGCACGCUUCUGCAUCCACCUGGCAAUGAGAUCUACCGCGACGACUACGUUUCAUUCUUCGAGAUUGACGGACGGCGGCAACGGACAUGGUGUCGAAACCUCUGUCUGCUCUCGAAGCUCUUCCUGGACCAUAAGACUCUUUACUACGACGUCGACCCUUUCCUCUUCUACUGCAUGUGCACGCGCGACGAGCACGGCUGUCACCUUGUCGGCUACUUCAGUAAAGAGAAGGAAUCAGCUGACGGCUAUAACGUUGCAUGUAUCCUCACCUUGCCUCAGUACCAGCGAAAGGGUUUUGGAAAGCUACUUAUUGACUUUUCGUAUAUCCUGUCAAAACGCGAAGGCAAGCUUGGCUCGCCUGAAAAGCCGCUUUCUGAUUUGGGUCUUCUGGGUUACCGUGCAUACUGGCAAGAGAUCAUAGUCGACUUGCUUAUGGACGGUCGAGUAGAGGCUAACAUCGACGACCUCGGCGCAGCAACAGCGAUGAUGACGAACGACGUUCUGCACACGCUGCAGAACUUGAAUAUGCUUCGCUACAGCAAGAACCAGCAUGUCAUUGUCUUGACGGACGCAGUCAUCGAGCAGCGCGAGCGCCAGAAAGCGAAAGAGAAGCUGAAGGGCAAGAGGAGCCUCGACCCAGAGCGACUUAUCUGGAAGCCUCCGGUCUUCUCUGCUGCCAGUCGUACAUGGAAUUGGUGA